GUCGUCCCAGCUCUACAGCUGAGGUCUGGCAGAGGGCGGUCUCAGCACCAACUGAGCGCCUGCUGCCUGUGCCCGGCACUGUGCCAGGACUUCCCAUCAACCUAGAGCUCCUGAGCGGACGGGAGUCUUGCCUCUGUUUUCUAUGUGAAGGCACUCAGGUUGGCAAAGAGGAAGGGGCUCGCCCCAGGCCCCCCAGGCCGAAAGUGGCCCACAGAGGAGCUGAGUCCAGUGGGAAGAGAGGCGCAGACUCUUGUCCUUAGUGGGGUGAGGUGGUAGUGGGGGGAUCCAUGUGGGGCAGUUUAGGCCUGGAGGGGGUGCCGUGUUCUAUUCAGGAUCGCUGGGAAGGGCUUCGCAGAUGAGUGUUGUUGAGGAAAGCCACCAGGCCACGAGGAGAGGCUGGACCAGGGAGAGGAUCAACAACGCGUUCAAAGGCCCAGCUGUGAAUCGGAAGAUAAGGAGUGCUUGGAUACAACCAGGAGCUGCCCUGGCAGGAGUGUGGGAGGGUGGCAGGGAUUAGCAAACGUUGAGACUGGAGAAGCAGUUGGGAUCCUUGAAGUUCACCUCCAGGAGUCUGCAGAAGGAAAGCCAUUUGCCCAGUUUCAGGGAAGACAGCUGCGGCUCCAUGACAGACAGCAGCCCGCCGGCUGGGGCCUGACCUGCCCGGCGUGCCCUGCGGCCAAGCCCGUUAACGCCCGCCUUUCCAGAAGAUACGUGAGGCCUACCAGUGGCUUUUCUAGGUCUGAGCAAACAGGCUCCGAGAGGUCGGGGGGCGCAGCCAAAGUCCCACAGGAAGUGUCAGUGAGAACUUGAACCCAUAUCUGCCCCACUCCAAAGCCCAAGCAUCCUGUAAUCCUGCUCAGAGGAUCAGAGAAGUGGCAGAGUGGGUUGAGGUUGUGUGAAGACAGAUGGGAAGAUACAGGCUGAGGAGAGUCUGAUCAAAGUCUAUUAAAUUCUCUUGUGUGAAAUGGGGGAAGCCCAGCUGCCUUCCUAUACCUCAGCCUCCAGCACGAGGGGCCGGAGAGCCCUUGAGACUUGAAAGAGAUGGUUUUAGAACAAAGGGAAAUGCUGCAGAAGGAAUUAAUAGACCGUCUUCCCUGCCCCGCAAGUGGGAAGAGAUACGCAGAGGUGCAAGCACAGAGGAGGGUCACGCUGGCUGACCGCCCAGGGAGGGCAGGCGUGGUUGGCGCUUCACUCGCCUUGUCUCGUGUAAUCCUCCUAACAGCCUUGCAAGCUGCCAGCCUCAGAAGCAAAUCGAGGCUUGAGGAAGUUAAGCCAUUUGCUAAGACGACACAUGAGCAAGGGGCAGAACUGACUUUUCCGUCCACGUCUAUCUGAUACCAAAGUUACAACGAGCUUCCUCCCUGCUCAGCCGUAGCAACUCGAUAGUGCUGAAUAUGAAUGCCAGCGUUUGUUACAAAGCUCAGUAAUGGCCUUUGGUUGAACCUUUUGCUAUUAAAAAAAAAAAAAACAAAACACACACACACACACAAGGAAAUAAAAAAUUUAAAAAACCUUUCAUUAGGGAUCGACACUAUGGCAUAGUGGGUAAAGCCACUGCCUUCAGUGCCAGAAUCCCAUAUGGGCACCGGUUCGAGUCCCAGCUGCUCCACUUCCAUCCAGCUCCCUGCAGAUGCACCUGAGAAAGCAGCAGAAGAUGGCCCAGAAGUCCUUGGUCCCCUGCCACCCACAUGGGAGACUGGGAAGAAGCUCUGGCUGUUGCAGCCAUUCGCGGAGUGAACCAGCGAACGGAAGGUCUGUCUCUGUCAGCCUCUGCCUCUCUGUAACUCUGACUUUCAAAUAAAUAAAUAGGAUCUUAAGAAGAAGAAGAACCUUCAUUAAACUAAUAAAGGAGUAAUCCUGCAAGAGCCACACGAGCAACCAGAUUGAACCGCAAAGCAGCGCUGUCCCACACACUUGCAGGAUGCUCCAAUCUGAGUUCUCUGAGCGAGGCGGGGUGGGGUAGGAGUUCUGUUGCCAAAACUUUGGGAAAUACUGCACUCCGUCUUCUCCCUGAUUCCCUUUCAUUGGGCUGUUAAAGGCUCUGAGAAAGCCCACGGGUGAAACCUAAUUUUGUUUAGCCCACAUGCUACCAAAAGUGUUUGUGCUUUGGACAGUUUUUUCAUCCUCUUAAAAUCCUUUUGGAACAGUCCUCCGUGGAAUACAAUUCAGGACACGACUCGAAAUUCAUAAAUCGUUACUUAAGUGAAACUGAGCCCUUGGCUUCCUGGAGCGCCAGGCGAUAAUCUGGAAGUACUGAACAAGAGUCAGCACGUCGAGAACAGAGCGAAGCACUGCGCUACGCAUUCUGCCUGUGAGAUUACUGAUUUCUGGAGCAGCCCCAUGAGGUGGAUGCUGUAGUGACCCCCUUUUACAGAUAAGAAAACCGAGGGCCAGCAAGAGUAAAUAGUUUGCCUAAGUGGUUACCUAAGUAGUGAGACCUCAGGAAUGAAUAUGAAACAUCAUUGAUUGAGUGCCUGUGAUUGGGCAGGCUCUGCACUGCCAGACCCUUCUCCUGUGCAGGCCCUCGGAGGUAAGGAGGUCAUCUCCAUGGCACUGAAGGGGCAGGGAGUGCUGGCUGCUCUGGCUUAUGGCAGAGUCUGAAGCCAGAAGCCCCCAGAAAUGAUGACAAGGGAGGGGGUUGGGAUGAGUGGGUCUGGCCCUGGACAGCCUGCGUGUGAGACCGCAGGAGCUUCAAUGAGGGGUUCCACCACCCGAGUUCUAAUUCCAGCUCUUCCCCUUUGAGUUGUGUGUGGCCUUGACCCAGAGAGACGCCUCUGGUCCUCACUGUCCCUGUCAGAUAAAUGGAGAGGAUAGCGCCUGUGUCUCCGUGCCUAGCUCCAAGUCGGGGCUCAGUGAAGCCCACAUACAAAAGGAAAGCACAUACCGCGAGCUGCCGCACCUACCCCUCAACUGCAGGAGCCCAGCAGAGCCAGGAGCCACCUCUCUGGCUUGGCCUGCCCUUGGCCUGGCUGCCCAUCCGGGUUUAGGUGCACAGUGGUAAUCAGCCUCUCAGAUCCUGUGGCAAAAGUGCCCAACUGCCAGACCCGGGGCUGUGGAGUCCCGUUCCCUUGGCAACGAGUCUCACCAUGGAGACCACAGCCCCAUCCUUGCCCUCCCUGCAAGCAGCCUCUCCACAAGCCUUCCCUGCUCCACGCCCAGUCCGAGGAGGAGCAGCGGAGGUCCCGAGGGGCACGCUGAAGGAGCACUUCCUCGGGGUGAGGAGCCGGAGGCACCGCCAGCCAGGGAGGCAGAGGGAGCUCCGGUUUUCCGAGUCCACGAUAGGCCCGGCUAGUUUCCGAGGAGUCUGCGGACUGUGGCAUUUAGGUUGGAAGCUGGGCGCUCAGCCUAUUGGAUGAUGGUGCCUCCAUUUCAACCUUGUAAGACCCUGAGCAGAGCCAGGCUAAUGCAAACAGAGGCUCGGGAGGCAGCCCGAAACGGACCAGACCGGACCAGACCGGACCAGCCUUGCAGCUCCAGAGUACUGGAGCGGAGACCUGAGUCCAGGGUUCUGACCCUGGAGCCUGUAUUUUCUCUGCAAGCCCCCACCUCCACUCCUAAGGCCGAGAUGCGCAGCCCCCAGCCACAGUUGGAAAGGGCUGGAGAGUCGGAGGGCCCCCUCCACCCUGGGCCAGCAGCCGGUUUGAGGGCUGGGCUGGGCAGCAGCAGCAGCAGAGGAACUGCACUAUUUUAAGCCAGGGCCAGAGGGCCCCUGUGGGCACAGGGAGGGUGGCCUCGGGCCCUUGGCCAGCUUCCCGGAAGUCACGAUGGCCUCCCUCCUCUCUUUCUGGGGCAGCCACUUCCCUGCAAACAGGAAGGAGGCCCUUAGGCCAGGAGAGUCCAGCCCCAGCUUCCGCUCCUGCCCCCCAGUCUUCUGUGCUUCAGGGGGAGCCCACUAAUGCCAGGCCCCGAUUCCCAGCAGACCCCUGGCCCACAGCCAGAAAGAAGAGCAGAAAGAAAGAGCCAGACUCAGCCCCUCCCAGGACCCCAGAGAGCCGGGAGAUGGGCAGACACCAGAGAGACUGAGCCCGUCGAAGGGAGAGACCGAAGCGCAAGCAGCGACAGCGUCCUGGACACGGACACAGAACAGGACGGCUCAGAAAAGCAAAGUGACACCAGCCAUGGCUGUACCGACCGGCCCGGGGCCAAGAGAACAGGGCAUGGCGCUCGCGGUGGGGACCGCCCAGCCCGCCAGCCACGCGAGGCCCACGAGGCCCAUGAGAUCAGGUGGUCUGGCCCUGCCACGGCCGCCGUGGCAGGGACUGGAAACUCGCUAAAUCUCGAGUGGCCGGUGUGCAUUUUGUAUGGCCCACGGGUGAUGUUAGAUACACCCAAAUGGCCCUGUGGCAGAAAAAAGGCUCCUGCCCACCCCCAACUACCGGCCCUGUGUCAGGGCUGCGGGGGGCCUGGCGGCUGUGUGGCUGAGCAGGAAUGUGGGGAACAAGGCUGGGUCACCCCUGAGGGCCAAGCGCGUGCCCCGGCCGAUAAGCUGCCCCGGGAAGGGGGCCCCAGCUGCACAGCCUGCUCCAGAGGCGAGGUGCAGAGGCCCAAGGCUGGAGCCCCAGCUCCCACCCCGGCCCGAGGAGCUCCACCGGGCCGCAGAGGCUCAUGGUCAGGGCCGGGCCCUGCCACAGACAGGCUGUCACCCUGCGUCUCCAGCUCUGGCCUAGGUGAGAGGGCUGGGGACAGGGCACCAGCAGGGCAGGACAGCUCUGCACCCAACUGUGCCUGUCCCCUGAGUGGCACUGGGCACUCGUGUGUGUGUGUGUGUGCAUGUGUUCACAUGCCACCUCAGGCAUGGGGCUGCAUGUAGAUGCACGUGGCCACGUGGCACCAGGAGCCCCUCUUGGCCAUUGCAGGUCCCUACUCUCAGUCCAGGGGCCCCCCAGAGGCACCCAGCCUCCCCAACUCCCACCAGAUGGGCCUGGAGCGUGGAGAGCUGCGAGGCAGACAGGGGGAGAAGGCGCAGGUCUGCGCUGGCCCCCAGCCCCCCUCCCCACGCU